AAAAUAACAUUCAAAGUUUCUUAACAUCGAACACGGCGUUUUUUGUUUUUCGAUUGUCCGAAGGUUGUGGUUUUUAUUACUAUAAUUUUCGUAAAAUUUGAGGUUGUGGUUUCUACGCGAGUCCGCGAUCGUGUGGAAAAUUUCAAUUAUUUGCGGGGUUGAAUCCUUUCGGUGGGUUUUUGAUUCUGAAGGAUGGAUCGAAGAGGAAGUGGGAUUUCUAUUGGGACGAAGGGUUCUCAAUGCGGAGGUUUAAGUUGGAGGGUUUGAUUUUAAUUGUUUUUGGUAAUUUUUUGGAUGAUUUCUGCAGGAGGUAGGGAUGCAAUAAAGGGUCUAGGGUUAGGGUUAGGGUUAGGGUUAGGGUUGGGUGCUGGGAGGAGAGAGAUGGUGGAGUCUGAGCCUGAAGAAGGUGAAGCAUGCUCGUUUCAGAACCAUGAAGAUUACGACGCCACCGUUGAUCCCGAUGUUGCCCUCUCUUACAUUGAUGAAAAAAUUCAAGAUGUUCUGGGACACUUUCAGAAGGAUUUUGAGGGUGGGGUGUCUGCCGAGAAUCUGGGGGCAAAAUUUGGUGGUUAUGGAUCAUUUUUGCCUACCUAUCAGCGCUCUCCUGUUUGGUCUCAUCCAAGGACUCCCCAAAAAAAUCAUAGUCAAAGUACAUCCACAUCUACCAAUAAUUUGCAAGUGGAGGGUGGGCAGGGGGAUGCUGUACAAUGCUCAACAGGAAGUCAGACAUUGAGACUUGGUCCAGGUACUGCUGCCUCUUCAAGAAUGGCUGCAAACAAGGGACUUUCUUUAGAUGAUGGAAUCAAUCAUGAAAAAUCCAUGCCAACCACUAAUGCUGAGGCAUUCACUUCUAAGCAUGAGUCUCUAAACAAGAAAGCUGCUAGCACAUCAGACCAGAAGACCCUGAAGGUUAGAAUCAAAAUGGGUCCUGACAAUUUGUCAACACGAAAGAAUGCUGCCAUAUACAGUGGACUUGGUCUUGAUGUAUCACCAUCAUCAUCACUGGAUGACAGCCCCUCAGAAAGUGAAGGGAUUUCUCGUGGUCCUCAAGAUGCUACCUUUGAAUCUCCAACCAUUCUCAUUCAGAUUUUGACAGCCCUUCCUAAGUUGUUGUCACCUCUUCCUGAUGAUAUCAUUGAAGUAACUGAAAAGGAAACUCGUCCCAGAGAUAGCAUCACUGGUCCUGUUCAUAUGGAUGACCCGGAAAGUUCUGACAUGUUACUAAAUGAAUCUAAUAUUCUAAAAGAUGACAGAAAAUUGUCAGGAUGGAGGAAAAUGAAGUCUCUAGAGGGUUAUGAAUCCUCAAUGGAGAUCAAGGGUUGUAGUAAACAGAAUACUCGGAAUGAUGCUGGAGUGCUGUCACGGAAGGAACAAAGUACAGAUGCAUUGAAUAUGGAGGACCUAGUUUCAAAAACUAUGAAGCUUCCACUUUUAUCCAGUUCCUAUUCUUUUACUGAUGACUCGGUAAAGGCUUUAGAUGGACUGUGUGAUUCAUUGAAGGAAGCCAACAAGGGUAUGGUGAGAGAGAAAACCUUCCCUGAUCAAGGACAAAAGGAACGGGUAGAGCCAACAUCUACUGAGGUGAAUGGUUUUUCUGAGAGGGUGAAAGGAAGUUCAGGAAGAAAAGUUGUGGGAGACAAGGUUUCUCUCAAUGACUCUACAGUGAAGGACAAUCCUCAUGUAGACAAAAAUUGCCACUCUAUAACAAAUGAAUCUAAUGUUUCCAAAGUUAGGACAUCAUCAAACACUGAAGAGCCUCCUAAGAAGGGUAAUCAGAGAGGUAGCUUCUGUGAACAAGACAAUAUGGCAUUACCUGUUUGGACAGAACAUGGACUUGCAGGGGGGAAGAAGAAGUCAAAGGGAAGUCAUGGCACGAUGGUUAUGGAGAAGGAAAAAGAAAACUUGAAGGUUGAAUCCUCUUUGGUUUCCAAAACCAAAAAGAAUUCCGACGAUGGUUCUGCAUCAAAAAAUGAAACUGAAGAUGUUAGAGUACAAAAGGGUCUUGGAAAGGCUAGAGAUGCAUACAGAGAUUUCUUUGGGGAAUUGGAAGAUGAGGAGGACAGAACGGAUUCACUGGAGACUCCUUAUGAGGAAAAACUGAAGGAAUCUGAGGUGGUUGGGAGGAGUGCACCUACAGCUAUUGGUGGAGCAAAGGAGAGAUCUGGUGGUAAGAAAGUUGAUAAGCCAUUAACAGCUGAAAUGUACCCUAAAACAGCCACAAAUGUCUGGUGCACUGGAAAUGCAAAUGGUACUGAAGCUGAGAAUGGUAAAGGGGUUCCUGUAAUGUUGCCUCCUGUUGAGAUGGAAGAUAAUUGGGUACAGUGUGACAGGUGUCAUAAAUGGCGUCUUCUUCCUGUGGGCACAAAUCCUGACAACCUACCUGAAAAGUGGUUGUGCAGUAUGCUUAAUUGGCUGCCUGACAUGAACCGAUGUAGCUUUAGUGAGGAUGAAACCACUAAAGCACUUAUUGCAUUAUACCAAGGGCCUCCUCUGGAUGGUCAAAGCAACCUGCAAAAUGCCUCAGGCAGUGUUAUGGUGGGAGGAACCAUGGCAACAUCCCAGCAUCCUCACCUGCCCCAGCUAAAUAAUGAUCUGCAUGCAAUGUCUGGGGGGAAGAAAAAGGUUGUGAAAGAGAUGUCAAAUUCUAUAAAUAAAGACAGCUUUUCUCAAUCAUCACAUUCUAUAAAGAAAAAUUUGACGUCAGCAGUGAAAAGUAGGAGCUUAAAUGAUGUGAACAGAUCUCCUGUCGUGAGUGAGGCUGAUGUUCCAACAGAGAAACACAAAAAUAAGCAGAGGAUGCUGGAGCACAAUUCUGAUAGAGGUGAUAUAAAGAAUAUGAAGGUGAAAAGCAGGAGGGACCCUGAUCAAGAUUGUUCCAGGCCAUCCAAGAAAGGUAAGACUGAUAAGGUUCAUUCUACCAAUGAAGAGUGGAUUCCAGAACCGGGUGGGACUACUAGAAAAGUGGGUCAUAGCUCAAAUAGCACUUUUCCAACUGCUUCAGUUGGCAAAGAUCGACCUAGACAGAAAGACCACUCCUCUUCAAGGGACUCCAAAUCAGGAAAAGACAGGCUGCCUGUGUCUGCUGAACACACAAAAGACAAAGGUCAUGAUUCUUUAGAUGAGGGAUCCUUGGAUUUGGGAAAUUGUGAUUCCAUUGGUAGUGUGAAAAAGAGGAAGUUGAAAGGGUAUCAGGAUGCUCAAACUUGUAGCACAGGUAAUCCUCACCUACAAGAGAGCAGAACUUUUGAACAUGAGUUCAGUGAUUCCAGGAAGGACAAGAAGGCAAGAAAUUCAAAGUCUGAAGGCAAAGAAUCAAGUGCCAAUAAAGGCAGUGGAAAGGCUGACAAAAAGGUUAGUCAUACAAAAAACCAUAAAUUCAGGCAAAAUCCUGAGAGCAGUCUGUCACAACGGAGUUUAGAUGGCAUGGACUGUUUAAAAAGGGACUUGGGGUCUGUACAGGCUUCUGUUGCUGCCACUUCAAGUUCUUCUAAGGUUUCUGGCUCACAUAAAACCAAAGCCAGCUUCCAGGAAGUGAAAGGAUCGCCUGUGGAAUCUGUUUCUUCAUCACCUAUAAGAAUUUUAAAUGCUGAUAAGUUUGCGAACAAGGAAAUUAUUGGGAAAGAUGAUUCUCAUGAUAUUUCUGCUGUUGAUAGUCCAAGAAGAUGCUCAGAUCGUGAGGAUGGUGGUGGGAGUGAUCGGUCUGGAACAGCUAAGAAGGAUAAACCUUUCACCAUGGCCCACAGGUCAGAUUUUCAGAACAAGGGUGUUAAUCAUAUGUCAGAUACUAAACUGAAAGCUCAAACAACCAGCUAUGGUACCAAUGGUGGUGUGGACACUACAGCUCAAGAUGGGACAUAUCCAGGCACAGACCAGAUAAAGCAUCAAGGUGAAGACCGGACUGAUGUUUAUUAUGCUAAUAUGUCUCAUCCAAGGAAGAAUAGCAUAGAAUCAGGUUUGGAGGACAACAAUGACAGCUAUAAGUCAGAGCCCUAUGCAGAGAAGAACAAGAAUCCUAGCCCUCCAAGUCAACUGAAAGAGCAGUCUCCUCUAUGUGAAGCAAAACAUAAGGAUGGAAAAAUUAAGUUGCAGGAGAAGUUUGGGCUCAAGCCUGACCAAAGUGAGAAUAUGCAUGCUAGCAAGAAAGAUUAUACAGGAAAAAAUGAGAGUAAGAAGAAAGAGAGUCACUCAAAUCAGGGGCAUGACUUUCAAGAAGUUAAUAUAGAUGCUAUGUGCAAACAGGAGUUAUUGCAUGCUCCCCUUCAGAAUCAGUUGCCAGACUGUGAUACUGAAAGAUCUUCAAAGAGGUCUCUUUUGGAAAGAACUGAUCAGGAAGUACUGGGAAAAGGGAAGCCUUUGUCAUCAUUGCCAUAUGAAGGAUCUCAAGUUGAGACAUUGGGUCGUUUCCCAAGACCAGUUGGCUUCCAUAAAGGAAAUGUUGAUAUGGAAGUUGAUCCUUGCAAAGCUGAUGAUGUAUCAAAGCUGCAAAAAAAGCAAUUGAAAAAGGCAGAACAUCAAAAUGGAAAUCAGCAAAUUGGUUCAAGAAAUCCCGUUGUUAAUGGACACAGGUCCAAGGAGCUCGAUGCCCCUAGUCCAGUUAGAAGGGAUUCAUACAGCCAUGCUGCUAACAAUGCUGUGAAAGAAGCUAAAGAUCUUAAGCAUCUGGCUGAUCGUCUAAAGAAUUCUGGAUCCACUCUUGAGAGCACUAGUCUUUACUUCCAGGCAGCCCUCAAGUUUCUUCAUGGAGCCUCUCUGCUAGAGUCUGGCAACAAUGAUAAUGCUAAACACAAUGAGAUGAUUCAAUCAAAGCAAAUGUAUAGUAGCACAGCAAAGUUGUGCGAGUUUUGUGCCCAUGAAUAUGAGAAAUCAAAAGAUAUGGCUUCAGCUGCUCUGGCCUACAAAUGCAUGGAGGUUGCAUAUAUGAGGGUAGUAUACUCUUCGCACACCAGUGCAAGCAGAGACCGGCACGAGUUGCAGAGAGCACUGCAAGUGAUUCCUCUUGGCGAGUCUCCAUCAUCAUCUGCCUCUGAUGUUGACAAUGUUAACAACUCAACAGCUGCUGACAAGGUUACUGUAUCUAAGAGUGUCAAUUCACCCCAAGUAGCUGGAAACCAUGUUAUUGUUGCACGGCAUCGUCCCAAUUUUACGCGGUUGCUCAAUUUUACUCAGGAUGUGAAUUUUGCCAUGGAAGCCUCAAGGAAAUCACGAAAUGCUUUUGCAGCUGCUAAUUCAGGCCCAGGUGUGGGCAAGAAUGCCGAUGGUAUCUCCUCUAUCAAGAAGGCUCUUGAUUUUAGCUUUCAAGAUGUGGAGGGGUUACUGCAUUUGGUACGGGUUGCUGUGGAGGCCAUUAAUCGUUAAAGGAUUCAUUUAAUCAUGAGAUGAUUCUAGCCUGUGAAGAACAUGUGUUUCUUGAUCAUGUAUAAAAUCUUCACUCUGACGAAAAGGCGUACUUAAUUAACUUAUGAAGGGCAAGGUAUAUUUUGUUGAAUCUGAAUCCAGUCUUGCCAACUGAUGAAGCUAUACUGUCUCUCUACAUAAGUUUGUCAUACACAGUGGAAUGGAAGUUUCAGUUUACAGUCAGAGGAAUUCAGUUGCUCUAUGUUGCGUAAAUGAAUAAAAUCUUUGCAAACCUUGAGAUAGUGUGAAGGCACUCAGACGUCAACUUCUGUAGAGCAGAUUCUAAGCUACUUUGAUAUGUGGAAUAAUGCUACGUCAAGAUUAUAAAUUCAAGAUAUAAUUGGUGGACAUGGAUAGACUUAGAAGUUUGAAACUAAUUGCCAUCUUUUGUCCUCUUCUCAUUCUGGAGAAAUUAUUAUUUUGUCAAUCUGUAUAUGUGUAAAGUUCUAACUUCUGGAGAGAGGGAGUUGUUGAUUUUAUUUUAAAUGUAACCAUGCUUCAAUCGAUGGGUACUGCACUUUCUCCUCUUGGUCUGUAUGGGGGAAGAAGAGUCAAAGGGAAUCAGACUAAAGUUAUCUUGUACAAUUUCGGGAUUAGUGGUAGAACUAUAUUCUUUACUCAUUUUGCUGUUGAUAGAGAUUAAGCCAAAAAACAGAAAGGGAGGGAUGUACAGCAAGAAUUUUUUUUGUAGUGCGAGCAAUUUAUUUCAAAUGGUUUGUCAAUGUAGAGGUACACAGUGGACGUGUAAAUAAACAUAGAAUCAAGUUAGGGACAGGCAAGGUCGCUGCUGCCUUAUGCAGAAUGACAGGUUUGAACAGCUGAGGCAAAUUCCAGGUGGAGCUGCUGUUUAGAUGGCCAACUCUAACUGACCUUGGAGGAGGUCUUUUUAUUUUUCUGGUUUUCCCUUGGUCAGUAGGAUUACAUGUAUUUUUCUUAACCGUUGCUUGCCUUGGGCAUUGGACAUUAAAUUUUGACUUACCAGCUUACCUGUUCUUUUUUAAUGUACAGAGCUAUAUUCAUUUACCUUGUAUGUUCUAAUAAACUGAGAGUCUCUCGUCCUUUAUGGUGCAUCUUGUGAAAGUUAAAAUGGGGUAUAGAAUUCAAGGACAGGUGUAAAGUUAUCCACGGAAUGUUGUAUUACGUUUGGAUUAGCUUUUUUAUUUAGCAGUUUUUUUUCUUU